UUACAGGUUUUGACUAUAAAAACAUUAGGUCACUCGAGCAUCGGGUUCAAAUGAGAAAGAUCUUUACGUGAAUGAAGCAAAAAGGGAUUUUGUCGCCGGCGACUUUCUCACUUGAAACCAUUUUUUGAAUUUAGUAGGUUUUUUUUAAUGGAAAUUUUAAGUUUUUUUUUAGGUUUUUGAAAUUGAAAAUGUGUUGGAUUUAUUGAUUCUUACUUGUUUUCGGGGUUCCAUUUAGUUUUGAUUAAAGACUGCAUUUUACUGCAAGAGACUCCUCAUAACAAUGCUUUGGACUCAAGCGCUGGUAGCUUCCAUGGCAAUCAUUAGUUUGGUAUUGGGAGCAGAUGAAAUAAAAGAAAAAAUUGAUUUGGAACAUUCAGAAGAUAUCGCAACUUCACCCGAGGAAGAUAAGACAAAAGUUUUUCAGGAAAGAGGAGAUAUUCAACAAACUUUUAAAACAAAACAGCAAAAGAAAAGUGGCGGAGGUCAAGAAAGUGUAGUUAUUCCAGUACCAGCUGCACCACCUUUAAAUCAUAUUCUUAUUCCUCCUCCAAAUUUGGUGAGAAAUCCUGGUCCACCACCACCACCUUCUCAACAAAGGAAAGAGGUGCAUCACUCGUAUAAAACAUCAAACCAAAUACUUCACCAAUCUUUUGAAGUUUCUCCAGACAUUCAAGGUCAUCACAAUUCAUAUCAAACUGGAGGGGGUCAUCAAGAAUUUCACCAUCAGGAAGUAAGUGCUCACCACGACUACUCAUCGGAUCACGACUCUUCAUACCCAGAUACUGGUGGCAACCAAAUUAAUAUUCAAGGCCAUUCCGAAGAAGAUGAGUAUAAGCCUGAAAGCCAUAAUAGUUUAUUUCAAGGAUUUCCAAGUUUACCCCAUAGUGAGCCAUGGCCUUUGCCAAUGCCAGAUAUGCCUAAAAUCAUCCAUUUGGACGUUAAAUGCGAGAAAAAUCUUAUGAAAGUCACCAUUGAAUUUGAUAAACCAUUCCAUGGAGUAGUAUUCAGUAAAGGUCAUUACAGUCAAGGUAAUUGUGUACAUUUACCUCCUGGAACAGGACAUACUAGUGUAUAUUUCGAUAUAUCCAUUAAUAGUUGUGGAACCCAUGGUAAUUCCCCUAGCGGACAAUACAAUAACUAUGGGAGCCAAAACCCAUCUGGAAGUUACUUUGAAAACACUAUUGUCGUUCAGUAUGACCCCCAAGUACAGGAAGUUUGGGAUCAAGCUCGGAGGUUGAGAUGUACAUGGCACGAUCAAUAUGAAAAAGCUGUAACAUUUCGGCCAUUUCCGGUAGACAUGUUAAAUGUAGUAAGAGCUGAUUUUGCUGGAGACAACGUCGGAUGUUGGAUGCAGAUUCAAGUUGGUAAGGGACCUUGGGCCAGUGAAGUGAGUGGUAUUGUCAAAAUCGGACAAACUAUGACCAUGGUCUUAGCCAUCAAAGACGAAGAAAACAAGUUUGAUAUGAUGGUGAGAAACUGUAUCGCGCAUGAUGGUAAACGAGCUCCUAUAGAACUUGUGGAUGGUCAAGGCUGCAUCGUUAGACCCAAACUUAUGAGUAGGUUUACUAAAGUUAAAAACUUCGGAUCCAGCGCGUCAGUGCUUGCAUUUGCUCAUUUCCAGGCAUUUAAAUUCCCUGAUUCCAUGGAUGUUCACUUUCAAUGCACCAUACAGAUAUGCAGACCCAACUGUCCCGAGCAGUGUGCAGUUUCUUCUCCAGGACUAGGUCACCAAGUUGUGCCAAAUCACGAUCUUUAUUCUUCCGGAUCAGCUCAUUCCGCUGUUGUAAGACCAAGAGAAGAACGAGAUGUUUCCCACCAGAUGGAGCCACUUGUUAAAGAUUCUAUUCCCCAGAUGACUGAGAUUGGCUUGAAUCGUGUUAUUCGCGUGGUUUCUUCGGGUGAUCUUGCGUUUGCUGAUCUUCCAGCACCAGAAGAGGCAACAUCAGACUUUGAAAGUUUCGAAAAAGAUGAUGUCAUCUGUAUGUCUACGCCUGGAUUUGCUGCUUCCCUUAUAGUGCUGCUUUUGAUACUAGUUAUAUCUUGUCUCGUAGCUGCUUUUCUCUGUCUCCGCCAAAAGUCUCCCAGAGACAUAAUUACUUCUAUAUCUGGCACAAUUAUAAAGAAAAAGUAAUUGGAUUUUUUGAACUUGACUCUUAAGAGCUUAGAUCCUUAUUUAAUGGAUCAUGGCAGAAUUUUAUCAUUUUUUAUUUGUUGUAGCUGUUAUUUCAACUCAGGAAUGUAAACAUUUGAGGUCGAAAGAUGAAAUGGAUUGAAUGUCUAUGAAUUAUUCAUUAGCAACAGAAAAAAAGCCAACUUGCUUUUAGAUUGGAUGAUUUAUUUCGAACGAAGAGAUAUUAUUUAUUUUAUUGAAUGAUUGAAAUGCAAUUUCGCAAAGAUUGCAAUGUAUUAGAAUCAUACGUCAUUUUUACUUAGCACGUUUUUCCUGAGAAAUUUAUUCUUUGUCACAUGCAGUAAUUUUUAAUUUAUUGCAUAUUACAAUCAUAUUCUCAAAUUCAAAUGUUUUGUUUGUCAUCAAAUGUCAUCAAUUCUAUUUCGUAAGCUAGUUUGUAAUAUCAUUUGAUUUAAGAAAAAUUUGUUAUAGUUCAUGUUUGCAAUUUAUCGAAAAACAAUUUAUUUAAAUUAUAAUCUUAGAAGGAAUUUAUAUUGUAAGAUAUUUUAAAGAACAGAAAGUGAUCACAUAACAUUCAAAUUUUAUGCAGCUAAUAUUUAGAAAUUAGUCAUAAUGCGCUUUAUAUUCAAUUUGUUUGGAUAGCUUAUACACUUAACUUGAUUUUGUAAAUUUUUUUUACACUUCUGAGACUUUUACGCUAAAAAGCACAGCCAAUUCAUUACUUUUUUUUCAAUUUUAAUUUUCAUUGGAAAUGUAAACACAAACAUUAAAAUAGCGGAUUUUAUUGAAUCAAUUACAGAAAAUGUUAUGUGAGGUUUUUGUUUUUAAAAUGUUUCAUGUUUUUAAAUGUUGUAUCUAGAUUUACUGGAAAAUAUUGUUUUGGAAUUUUACCUUGAUGUUUCAGCUUUGGAAAUUAUAGUUUUUAACAAGUUUUGGACUAGAAUUUUUAAAUAUUUGAAAUAAGAAUGAAUAUUAAUUAUAGAAAAUGCAUCCUCCUAUGCAUUAUUGCUUAUUUUAGGGUUUCGUUUUAAAUAUUUUAUGUAUUUCUGUGUACAGAAUCCGUGCAAAGGUCUGUUUGUGAAAAACACUAAGUCACAUUUUUCAUUUCUUUAUACAGUUUGUCAAAGUUAUUGUCAUAUUUUUCAUUUAUUUAUUUUUAUUUUGGUUUUAUUCUCAGAUUGUACGAUUUGGUGCAGUUUAUAUAGUAAAUAAGAACCACCGAUUAAAUAAAGUAUCAUUAUGAACGUGA